GGUGCUAACAUCACUGGUGGUCUGUACAGCUGUGACAUCACCACUGAAACAGAUGACUGUAACCGGAUUGAAUUUGACAACGAUGCUGAUCUGCGUUCAGAGAGUAAGGAGAAUCAGUGGAUGGGAGUGACUGUGGAGAGUCAGGGACCUGGUGGAAAGAUUGUGACAUGUGCUCACCGGUACCAGCGACGGCUGUUUGUAAACACAUCGCAGGAGUCACGGGACAUCACUGGCCGCUGCUACGUACUCAGUCAGGACUUUAGCAUUGACACCCAGUCAGAUGAGGAUGGAGGGAACUGGAAGUUCUGUGAAGGUCGUACCAGAGGACACGAGAGGUUCGGGGCAUGUCAGCAGGGACUGGCUGCUACCUUUACCAAAGACUACCAUUAUGUCAUCUUUGGAGCCCCUGGAGCUUAUAAUUGGAAAGGCAUUGUACGAGCAGAGCAGAAAAACAACACUCUACUGGAAAUGGGCUUUUACGAUGAUGGCCCAUAUGAAGUUGGGGAUGAAAGCCGUCUGGAUCCAGACCUGGUGCCUGUACCUGCUAACAGUUACUUAGGUUUCUCGCUGGAUUCUGGUCACAGCAUCUCUGAGAAGGGCAAACUGAUUGUAGUGUCUGGAGCUCCAAGAGCCAAUCACAGUGGGGCAGUGAUCCUGCUGAAGAAAGAGAGUGAGGUGUCUACCAUGUUGUCCACAGAGUAUAUUCUGGAGGGACCCGGACUGGCAUCCUCUUUCGGAUAUGAUGUAGCAGUUGUGGAUCUGAAUGGAGAUGGAUGGCAGGAUAUAGUGGUGGGAGCUCCUCAGUUCUUCCAGAGAGAUGGUGAAGUCGGGGGAGCAGUCUAUGUCUACAUUAACAAGGCCGGGAGGUGGAAUGCUGUUGUCCCCACCCGUCUCAAUGGAACUAAAGACUCAAUGUUUGGACUGGCAGUGAAAAAUAUUGGAGACAUCAAUUUGGAUUCCUAUGAAGACAUUGCAGUGGGUGCUCCCUAUGCGGAUGGAGGCUUUGGUAUAGUCUACAUAUAUCAUGGAUCAGCUAGUGGCAUAAACACCAAACCAGCACAGAUUCUGGAAGGAAGGCAUCAUGGAAUAAAAAUGUUUGGCUAUUCACUGGCUGGGAAAAUGGAUUUGGAUGAUAACUCCUACCCAGAUCUUGCAGUUGGAUCUCUGUCUGACGCUGCAUUUGUUUAUAGGUCCAGACCAGUUAUCAGUAUAAAAAAGGAAAUCAAGGUUACACCAAAGGAAAUCGACCUGACAAAGAAAACAUGUGGCAACAGUAUUUGCUUAACUGUUGAAACCUGCUUUACCUAUAAAGCAAAUCCUGCUACGUACAAUCCCAGACUCUUUAUUUCCUACCUGGUGGAGACAGAGACACACCGUAGAAAGCAGGGUUUACCCUCUAGAGUAUCCUUUGUGGAUAACAAGGACUUCCGGUCUACAGGCACACUGGAGCUGAGAGGCCAGAAUAAGAAAGUCUGUUACAAGACCAAACUGAAACUUCAGGAAAACAUCAAGGAUAAGCUAAGAGCGAUCCCUGUUGAGGUAUCUGUUGCUAUUAAAGGUGCUAAAAGAGGGAAAAGUCAUAGCUCACUACCAGAGCUGGUGCCAGUGUUGGACUCCAAUGUACCCAACAAGACCAGCACUGAGGUACAGUUCCUAAAAGAGGGGUGUGGUACUGACAACAUCUGUCAAAGUAAUCUGCAGCUUCAAUACAAAUUCUGUUACAAAGAGUCUAACCAGGAUGUCUUUCCUCCAUUACCGAUGAAGAAUGGUAUUGCUGUGGUAUCUUUGAGUGACCAGAAGGACAUUGCCGUAGAGGUCACUGUGACAAACAAGAAUGGAGAUGAUGCUCAUGAAGCCAAACUUGUAGGCUCAUUCGGUGAUUCACUUUCAUAUUCUGGAUUCAGAUCUCAGAGAAGCACAGACAAGCAUGUGAUCUGUGCAGCCAAUCAAAAUGGCUCGCAAGUGGAUUGUGAGUUGGGGAACCCUUUCAAAAGAGACUCUGAGGUCACAUUUUACAUUAUUCUGAGCACUGCUAGGAUUUUCUUUGACACCACUGAGAUUGAGGUUGACCUUCAGCUGGAGACAACUAGUCUGCAGGGAGGCUUGGGAAAAGUAAAAGCUAAAGCUAAAGUAGUGAUUGAGCUUCUGCUGUCUGUACAAGGGACUGCCCGACCAUCUCAGGUAUAUUUUGGAGGGAACGUUAGAGGAGCAAGUGCCAUGAAAUCGGAGGAGGAAGUUGGCAGUUUGAUUGAAUAUGAAUUCAGGGUAAUAAAUUUGGGCAAGCCAUUGAAAUCGUUUGGCACAGCCUCUCUUGACAUCCAGUGGCCCAAAGAAAGUGCAGUGGGAAAAUAUCUGCUUUACCUGGUGAACAUAAAAUCUAAAGAGCUGCAGCAGAUCUCCUGCACACCUGAGGCAGAGAUCAACCAUCUUAAACUGACUGAAGAAUCUAGUUUCUCCAGGAGGAAACGUGAGGUAGAGGAAAGAAAGACGUCAGAAGAAAGCAAAAUAUCACUUUUUACAGACCAAAGAAAACACAAAACCCUGUCGUGUGCUACUGCAAAAUGUGUGGAAAUCAAGUGCCCCCUGCAGGGAUUAGACAGUAGUGCACACAUUGUUCUGAGAUCACGCCUUUGGAACUCUACGUUCCUAGAAGAUUAUGCUUCCUAUAAAUACCUCGAUCUAUUAGUGAAAGCCUCAAUCAGUCUUGAUUUUGCUGCCAAGAACAUUGUGCUGAAGAAUCCUGAGACACAGGUGAGGCUGACUGUAUUUCCUGAAAGUACAGUGGCACACUAUGGUGGUGUUCCGUGGUGGAUCAUUCUGGUGGCUGUACUAGCCGGAAUAAUAAUGCUGGCUCUUCUAGUGCUUCUACUGUGGAAGUGUGGAUUUUUUAAACGUUCCAAAUACGAUGACAGCAUUCCCAAGUACCAUGCUGUAAGGAUUCGUAAGGAGACACGUCCCUUUUCUGAUGAGAGUGUCAUGUUUGAUCCCUUUGAGAAGAAACAGUGGAUGACUGUUUGGAGUGAAAAUGAGAGUUACUCCUGA